AUGUGCCAUCUGGACAAUCGAUCAGCCGCUUCGUCAAUUCGCCAACAUGCAGUUGUCGCGUCUUCUUGUCUUAGUCAUCGUCGCGCCGUGGACCUGCGCCUUCGCGCUGUGGCCGUUUACCACCGUGCCGGCGGUCGAGCCUGUGCCUGCUGUGCCUAAGUCGGUCGCCGGCUGCAAGGCCGUCUACAAGGGCGCGAAGAGCCGCGAGCGCAGCCAGUGCAUCAAGCGCGUCGAGCAUAAGAAGUGGAGACUACUCGAGCAGCAGGACAUCAACGCGUCGAUUUAUUGCGAUGACUUGUGCGAGUCCGGCCAAUACCAGAUAUACAACGGCCUGGAGAUGGGGCCCGAGGUCGCAGACGAAUGCAUGGAGAACUGCAAGCGAGAUGAGUUGGGGGAAGCCUAUGGUGAGCUCGAGAGGUACCGCGAGCAUCACAAGCGAACGAUUGGUUUGUAUUUCAAUCCGUUCAAGAUGUACAAGAACGCUGGUUCGGGGACCUUCGCUGGGGGCGCGAUCUGGUUCGGACUCCUCGCGGCUCUCUGUUAUUAUCUUCGGGAGUCGGUUGUUGGGCCGCCCCCCUGUUCUAACUUCAAGCACCAGGUUCGCAACAUACUGCAACUCGCGGUGAAUUUAUUCGCGCUAUUGGCGGGCUUCUGUGUUACUGCCUUCGGCGCGCGUUUGUGCAUGGUCUGAGGCGUCGCUGAGUACCCAAGGCCUGUCCGCGAACAAGAUCGUGGGCUGUCUGUGGUGCUCCUUCCAGUUCAAGU